CUCGGAUCGUUCCAUCCGGCCAUGUGGACGUCACGCACGCUUCUAUACACCCAUGGGGCAACCUCACCUAGUCACAUUCACCGAUCGCAGCCAGAGACACAUGCAGUCGGCGACAGCCAUGUCGAUCGCAGAUCGCAUGGAAGCGCGGCGGGCCAAGCGGCGGAACCGAAGCAAGAUCAGCCAACGAAAGUACCGCGCGAAUCAAAAGGCAUCCAACACGCAGCUCGUCGAGGACGUGCGGGCGCUCGAGAUGAACAACUUGCGCUUGGAGGCGCGGCUGUCGGUCCUGCACGAACGACAGGGGGUCAGUCAGUGCAUCGCGGCCGUGUCGCAGUACCUUCACCUGUUCGAGUUCGGAUACAGCCGAGCCCGUCCCGACGUCGACUUGGCGGCUCAACAAGAGGCCUUCGUCUACAAUUUUGCAGUGUCCAACAUAGACUUUAACGGCAAGGUCGGUGUGCAGGCUAUCCUCGACCAGUGGGCGACGUACGAUGCGCUGUUUGAGUCCGUCCGCAUCGAAUGCCUCAGCAUUCACGUGCUGACUGUGGACGAGCACACGAUUGUGUUGGAAACAGACCUGUUCAUGCACGUCCUUGUGACGAAUGUCGCCGUCCAAGUCCUGUUCCCUCGGUUGGCCCGUUGCCCGGAUCUGGUCGCGAAGAUGGUCGAUUCGAAGCUCAAAUUGCCCCUCCGCAUCAUAUUCACCCACAACGCGAAUUCCCAUCGCGUGGCGCGAAUUCAAGCAACCGCUAGCGUCGCCGUCGCCCUUGUCGAGCACUUCAAGAGCACCGAAGAGGCAAGCGAGGCACUGCGGGACGCCCUCCUCGACGACAACCUCUUGUUAGAUCUCCAGAAUAUCCCACGCCCCUAACACACUCGAGGGCUGUUCAAUCUCAUGGUGUCGGCGCUCCAUCUACGUUGCGAUGCCAAUAUCGACUUCCCCUCGUAUCGUUUCGAAUGGCGUGCGCUUCUGCGCCGACGUGCCGCUCGCCGGUCGUCCUCCUGUGCUCCGUCGAAUCGCCAGUCCUGACUGCCCCCACCGAACUUGACCCAUCGACACGUUUAGUAGAUCAGGUUGAAAUUGAUUCUCCAAUCAAAACACAUUAUUAUGCAAAAUCAAUUUGUUUCA